AUGGAAGCUUCAGCCCCCGCUCCCGUCAAAAAUGUGGAGGAUCUCUUUUCCGUCAAGGGCCUUGUCGCCCUCGUCACCGGUGGUGGCACAGGAAUCGGCCUCAUGAUGGCGCGCGCCCUGGCCGCGGCCGGCGCCUCGCGCGUGUACAUUGUCGGGCGGCGCGUGGACGUGCUGCAGGCGGCGGCGAGCUCGAUCAACCGGCCGUCGGUGAUCGUGCCGCUGUACUGCGACGUGACGUCGCGCGUCAGCCUGGAGAGCGUCGUGUCGGUGGUCGAGACCGACGUCGGCCACCUGCACCUGCUGGUCUGCAACGCCGGGGUGGGUGGGCCUCAAGUGAGGCCGCCUGUUCCUGGCGUGACGGGUCUGGAGGAGUGGCGGGACGAGCAGAUGGCCGUGCGCUGCGAGGAUUUCAAUGCGACGUUUGAGGUGAAUAGUACGAGCGUGUGGUUUACGGCGAUGGCGUUUUUGAAGUUGCUGGAUGAGGGGAAUAAGAGGGAGGGCUGGGGUGGCAAGGGCGCGGGGGUUAGCAGCCAGGUGGUGGUUACCAGCAGUAUUGCUGCGUUUAACAAGAGCGCGCCGGGCGGCUGGGCGUAUGGACCGAGCAAGGCGGCCGCGACGCACAUCGCCAAGAUGCUGAGCGUGGUGUUGCCGACUUGGGGGAUUCGGGCGAACUGCAUUUGUCCUGGCCUGUUCCCGAGCGAGAUGGCGGCUCCCAUUGUCCAGGCGGCCGGGGGCUCCAUGACAGGCGAGAAUACCACGAUUCCUCUAGACAAGACCAUGGUUCCUCUUGGCCGCAUGGGCGACGAAACCGACAUGGCUGGCCAGAUUUUGUACCUUGCGUCGAGGGCAGGCGCAUACCUGAACGGCAACACCAUUGUGGUCGAUGGUGGGCGGCUGGUCGACUGGCGCUGUGUCGACUCGCCGUCGUUCCAGGAAGUGGUGAGGUUGUUACGUCUUGGCGUUGUCCCCUGUUGCUCCCCUGCCGACUUGGGCGAUGUGGGGCAGGCAAGGCCCCAUCGCGAUUGUCGCUUGUGCGAUCACAUGACGUCACUUAUGCCUUGUUGA